CCCUUCUCUUUGCUAAGCCCCAUCAGCUUCAGCCUCCUUUCCUUAUUUUUCAGAUUGAUUCCAAUCCUCUCUGUUUUUUCAUAUCAUAUCAUAUCCCAACACUCUGUUUCCAUUAUGAAGACCCUUCACCAUUACAAACAGGGCAUCCCCACCAUUCUCCCUUCUUCAGAUCUCCAUUCCCCCACACUCCCUCCCCCUUCCUUGAGAAGAACUCUCUCCGCCGACAUGUCCUCCACCAAAUGCUUCUCCUCCAUCAGGAAAGUCGCUUCUUCCCAAGCAUUCUCUCUCCCCAACCACAACCACGACCACAAGAUUCACGAGUCUCGAAAACACCGGGAUCCUGAUUCUUGGAGUUCAAUUCUGCUUCACAACUCUGUUUCCGAUCCUCCCAAAUCCACUAUUUCUGUUCCCUAUGUUCAUCCUCUUCUCAAAAAAACUUCUCACUCUCUCAGUGAAAUGAGUCUUCAGAUUUGCACCGAGAGCCUUGGAUCUGAAACUGGCUCCGAUGCCUUCUCCUCCUCCGAGGAUGGAGACUUCGAUGAACUGAUGGCGAAAACAGAGUACCCUCAUAUACAUACUUCUGAAUGGAAGCCUGUCAAGUUUGGACGUAUAAAAUCGCCGCCGAGGUCUUUUCCGCCGCCGAUUUCUUCUCUUAAUUCCCCCGAUGGUGCGUCUGUUUGCAUUCAGUCUCGCCGGGAAAAUGGUCGAUUAAUUCUCGAUGCUGUCUCUGUUCCUUCUCGGAAAAACUUCCGUGCCGAACGCCGUGAUGGCCGUUUAGUUCUCUCUUUUCUUACAACUCCGGCGAAUUUAUUGGUUCAAGAGGAAGAAGAUGAGUUGGAGGAAUUAAUUGCUAGGGAGUUUGAGGAAGUGAAAGAAUCGGAAAUUGUUGGAGAGAGAGACGAUGAGAAUGAUUUGGAAGCCGAGGAAUUGGAAGUUCCGAUGGAGAAGGUUCCGAGAUUGCCGAGCUCUCUUAUGAACUUCCACCGAUUACCAUUGAUGGUGAAGAAGCCUGAUCGAUUCAUCAAUCGGAACCCGGCAUGGCCGAAGGAAAAGAAUGCUUCAGAGACACCAACUCUACUGUCACAGUCUCUUCCACCGCGUCCGCCGUCACUCACGGCGGCGACGGCUGCCGGUUCCCUGAAUGCAUACGAGUACUACUGGCGACCAAAAUCCACCGGAAAAUCAGCCGGAAUUCAAAACCCAAUUGGCCCACAACAAACUCAACCUAUCCAUAGCGUAACCCGCAAACUUAUUUCUUCAAACAAUCAAAUGGCGGAUGAGAAACAUCAAUUUUCUAUUCUGAGAGGAAACAGAGGAGAUUAUAUGGUUCCAUUGUCGAAUGGUUGUAAAGUGCCAAGAAGGUCUGUUCUUCUCCGGGAGCCCUGCUGCAUUGCCACCACCUGAGCCACCGCCGGCGUUCACCGGAAAAACCCAUAUCCUAAUCUCCAUACAUAUUGAUUCUGAAUUGUUAAAUCUCAGCCAUUUCUUUCCUAUUUACCCAAAAAGCAAUAACAGAGAGGCUAUCGAAGAAGACGAUAGAAAAUUAUCUCAAAUUAGCAAUUAGAAAUUAGAAAAUCAAAGGGGGGGGAAAAGAAAAAGAAAAAGAAAGUGACCCCAAAAAGAGAGGGAAAAAAAAAAGUGUACAUUAUGAUUUCAUUUUAAGUUUGUGCGAUCUCUCAAAGCUGAACAAAAUCAUAGGCUGAUCUUUGACCCACUGAACUGUUUUCUUGUCUGUCCCAUACAUUUUGAUGGGUUUUUUUUUUUUCUUUUCUCAAAAUAACUUUUUUUUCUUUUUCUUUUUUCCUUGGUUAUGAUGAUCUAACCAAUGGGGUUUGAGUAUGAGUCUAGUCUGUGUCAAUUGAUCUUCCAUUUUUGCAACAUCAUAAUCCAACACUGAUAUGGGGUUGCUUUA